ACUCCAAGAGCGAACUAGCCGUUGGGCCGGGGCGACCGUUACCAGUCGUCCGUCUCUGCUCUCUACAAACCCGCACCUGCUGCUCAUCAUCAGCCCCCUCGCUCACCGCCCAGGCCAGGCAGCAACCGCCGCACGACCACCAUGGUCGCCAGGAGCCCCAACGCCAAGCCGGACCGGCAGACGGCGGCCGCCGCCGCCGCCGCCGCCGCGCUCAACCCCGCCCUCGUCAGGGAGACCCUCAAGAAGAUGGACCGGUGCAUGGCCCGGCUGCAGGAGCUGCAGUACACGGUGGCCGGCGGCGCCAAGGUCGUCUCCGGGGUCAGCCUCAGCCCGCGCAGCACCCGCGGCUACCUCCGCACCAGCAUCCGCUGCAAGCAGGAGACCGUCAGGAUGAGGGGGACGCCGGCGCGGAGCGGAUCCCCCAAGGGCAAGUUCGGCGGCGGCGAGGGCGCGGCCCAGUGGCGCCGGAUGUCGCUGCCGGCGAUGCUCCUCGGCGAGACGGUGCUGGAGAUCGUCCAGGCCAGCCAGUUCGCCCGGGACAUCGUGGCGGUCGCCGAUCCGCCCAAGACCCCGAUGCCCGUCGCGAGGACCAGGAAGGCCACCGCGGAGCAGACGCCGCUCCGGGCCCGCCGCGCCAAGGAGAAGCAGAGCCAGCGCGGCACGGCGGGGGCCGAGGCCGGCACGCCGCCGUCGCGCGCGCGCGUCCGCUCCCGGAUACAGUUCAAGCCCACCUCGCCACUCGGCCGCCCGUCACUGUCGGCGGCGAACAGGGUGUCCCCCAAGAACCGGCCUUGGGGCAGGAAGACGGUGAUGUUCCCCAACCCAACAUUCGUCGCUCCCGCCUCCUCCACCGCGUACGCCUCGCCGUCGGCCACAAAGAAACAGAAGCGGUCGAACAAGACUCGGUCCCCUGUCAAGGCCGCGCAGACGCCGCACAAGUUCCUGGUCAAGACGCCUCCGAGUGCUCUUGGGUCCAAGCUGAAAAGCCAUGGCAAAUUGCUGCCUAAUUCAAGACCCGUCGCCGUGUCGCCGCCAGGGAAAGCACAGGCGGCGUCCGGAAAAACCCGGCGGUGCUCGUUCUCGCCGUCCAAGUUGGCCACAAGGCUCGUUUCACCAAUAAAGGCGAGGUUAUCCUUCAUCUCGCCAAUGAAAUCGAGGACGUCGUCGCUGAGGUGCCGCGACGGCGGCGGCGUCGGCGGCAGCAUGAUGAGUGGGCUCAAGCAGCGACCCAUCGUCAACUUGACGGCGCGGACUGUCAGGAUAUCAUCUUGAUGCGAGGCGAUCAAUUUAAUCGUGGUGAUCUUCAGCGUCUUGCGAAGAUGAGCUCUGCUAUAUAAAAAAUUGCGUGCCACAAAGAGAAACUCUGAAACUGUACAUGGGUUAGUGAUCUAUCUAUAUGGAUCCGUUACAUUUCGUUGGAUCUUGGGAGUACUUGAUCUUGUCUGGAUAGUAGUUUUAAUCUGGAUCUUGUUGGUUUGAUCAACCAAACAGUAGCUGUAAGUUCCUGGAUAAAUAACACAUUUUUCAAGAAUUUCUA